AUGGCUCGACAGAGAAAUAGAAUUGCGACAGAAGUGAAAGAGCGUCUUGUAAGGGCAUACGAGGACCCUACAGAAGACUAUCUUACCGUUGCUGGGACACUUGGUGUGAACCAUUCUACAGCAAGAAGUAUAGUAGCACGCUAUAUUCGAGAAGGAAGAGUUGCUGAUCUCCCUCGAGGUGGAAGGAAUAAUGUCAAAGUGGACGAUGAUAUGAGACAAUGCUUGUUGGAUAUCGUAGAUGAAGAGUGCACACUAACUUUAACAGCGAUAAACCAAGAGCUUCGUAGAAGGCUUCCUCGAAAACCUCAUAUUCACGACAGAACUGUGGGCAGGGCUCUAGAUGGAAUGCUCAUAACACUUAAACUAAAUCGAAGAUUGCCAGCCGAUAGAAAUCGACCGGACGUGAUUGAAAGUCGCUUUAGGUACGCAACCUGGUUUCUGAACACAGGUGUGAUAAGUCACUGCGUUUUUAUCGACGAAUGCGGAUACAAUAUCUGGACCGCUCGAAGUUACGGAAGAGCAAAUCAAGGUGAACGCGCCUACAGACAAGUUUGUGGCCAGAGAGGGAGGAACGUGACGUGCAUUCUGGCGAUAUCAGCACGAACUGGCUUGGUAAAUCACUCAGCACAAGUUGGAGGUAUGAACGCACAAAGAUUUGCUGAAUUUUUAAAUGAUACCCGUCAACGCCUCCCACCCAAUGACAACGUUAACUUUAUUUACGAUAACGCGCCCGCUCACCGAAAUGCCAUUAAUCCAGGGCCGAAUACUCAACUCCAGCCAUUGCCUCCGUACAGCCCUUUCCUCAACAUUGUUGAAGAGGCCAUUAKCUGUUUUAAAGCAGCUAUCAAAGCUCAUUUAUCUCGCCCGGCUCAACAGCGGAUGAUGAACAACAGAGACGAAGCGAGAAGACAAGGCCUUCCACUUGGCGAGUAUAGGAAGCAGCUACUCCUACGUGCAGCAACAAGAAAUGUGGGCGCUAUAACUCCUCAAAAGUCAGUGCAGUGGUACAACCACAUGCAGACAUAUCUGCCAAGAUGUCUUAACAGGGAGCACAUUCAAGGAUAA